CUCCCAAAAAUUCCAGUUCAUCCCAUUGGUUAUCAUGAUGCUGAGUUACUACUGCGUAACAUGGGAGGGCCUGCACCACCACAUAAUAGCUGGAAAGGAGGUUUGAAUGUAUCUUACAACAUUGGUCCUGGUUUCACAGCAAAUUAUUCUACAAGAAAGGUGAAAAUACACAUUCAUAGUAACAACAAAGUAACAAGGAUUUACAAUGUGAUCGGAACCAUCAGAGGCACAAUGGAACCAGACAGGUAUGUCAUCCUAGGAGGCCACCGUGACUCUUGGGUAUUUGGUGGCAUUGAUCCUCAAAGUGGGGCAGCUGUGGUUCAUGAGAUUGUGAGGAGCUUUGGAAAACUGAAAAAGGAAGGAUGGAGGCCAAGGAGAACAGUGCUGUUUGCAAGCUGGGAUGCAGAGGAAUUUGGCUUGUUAGGAUCAACAGAGUGGGCUGAGGAAAAUGCCAAAGUAUUACAAUCACGAGGAGUGGCUUAUAUCAAUGCAGAUUCCUCCGUGGAAGGAAACUACACACUAAGAGUAGAUUGUACACCACUGAUGUACAGACUGGUAUACAGUCUGACCAAAGAGAUACCAAGUCCUGAUGAGGGAUUUGAAGGCAAAUCUCUAUAUGAGAGCUGGUAUAAAAAAAACCCAUCAAGAGAAUAUAAAGAGGUCCCCAGAAUAAAUAAACUGGGUUCUGGCAAUGACUUUGAGGUCUUUUUUCAACGGCUUGGCAUCGCUUCUGGCAGAGCACGUUACAGUAAAAACUGGAAUGUAGAAAAAUAUAGCAGCUAUCCAGUUUACCACAGUGUCUAUGAAACCUAUGAAAUUGUGGAGAAGUUUUAUGAUCCCACUUUCAAGAAUCAUAUGACAGUAGCUCAGGUACGGGGAGGGCUGGUGUUUGAAUUGGCCAACUCCGUUGUCCUUCCUUUCGACUGUAGAGAUUAUGCAGCAGCUGUGAGCAAUUAUGCUCACAUCAUCUAUAAUUUGUCAAAGAAUCAUGAAGAGGAACUGGCAACGUACAGUGUAUCCUUUGAUGCUCUCUUUUCAGCUGUGAAGAAUUUUACAGAAAUCGCUGCUCAGUUUCAUGAGAGUCUGCAGCAAAUAGAUAUCAAUAACCUGCUUGCUGUCAGAUCUUUAAAUGAUCAGCUCAUGUUUCUAGAAAGAGCUUUCAUUGAUCCUCUUGGACUACCUGAUAGGCCAUUCUACAGACAUGUCAUCUUUGCUCCAAGCAGCCAUAAUAAGUAUGCAGGAGAAUCAUUCCCAGGAAUCUAUGAUGCAAUGUUUGAUAUUGAAAGUAAAGCUGAUCAACAUAAAGCCUGGGAAGAAGUAAAGAGGCAGAUUUCAGUUGCAGCUUUCACUGUGCAGGCAGCAGCAGAGACACUGAAAGAAGUAGCAUAAAUAUCAGCAACAUCAACAAUAUCAGCAUCAGCAAAAGACUGCACAUGACAGUUUGCGGAAGCCUCAAAAACAGAGCAUUUAAAACAGUAGGAGGAUUAUUGCAGGAACACGAAGCCCAGACAGUUGUGUUCUUUGCAAAUAAUAUACCUGAGUGGAAUGUAUUUAAAUGUGUUACCAAGGUAGUAUCCUCCUUUAGACGAGCUCAAGCUUUACAUAACUUCUGAAGUGAGAGUCUACAUUUAAAAAAAUGAUGUUUUCUCUCUGCUUAGUAUAUUAAGAAUUACUUACCAUUGGGUAUGUUUUCAGAGCUUUUAAUUUAGCUAGCUUGAUUAAUUUUUAUAAGCACUUCUUAUAGUGGAUCAGGAAAACAGAAGUUUCAUGCAUGAAGAUGGGAAGACUGUCUAAUGCAGUGUGAAGGAUGUGUAACAAUCCUAACAAGUGUUGGGCUGUCAGCCCAGAAUUCACUCACUGAUGUUCUUGUCAUCACAUGCCGGGUCUUGUAGCUGUUUGCAAAUAAAAUUAGGCAAGAAGCUUUUAAUCACCAGACUAAAGAUAUGGCAAUACACCUUGUCAUCCGUAAAGUGAUCUCACAAAGCAUAUCUUUCAAGAUGAAGACCUGCUUUUAUUCUCUCAUCCAACAUCUACUCCUAUCAUGCCUUGCCCAUAUGCAGACAUUUUUAAUAUGAAGACAAUUAGAAGCAAACAAAAUUCAUUAUGCUCUUACUUUGAAAGGACACCAAAUUAUUACCAUCUUUCUAUACUCUGUAUUUCUGGUUUUGGCCUGCAGCUUACUCUUACAACUGCUUGAAAGCAGUGCACCAGACAACUGACAUUGGACAGAGAAGACUUUCAGAGAAUCAGGACACUUCACGCAACACUGUCACUGGAGGUUUUCUUGGCUCUUGCACAGCAAAUAUUUUUGUGCAAUUUGAUCUGCCAUUUCAGCUGAGGCUUCCACCACUUCUGGAAGACGGCUCCAUGGUCUGAUGGAUUUCAGGAUCAUGGUAGAUACUUUUCUGUAGCACCUCAUUUGUUCAUAAAUGUUUCUCAUCUCUUCUCAUUAAAUCCCUGUAGGCAAGU